CCGAUCCACCCGCCACGCAGAUAGCUACUUGCUAUUUAAGCAAGCCCACUCGCCGGGCACCACUGCCGGAUGAGCAGAGCAAAGCAACAAGACAAGAUCACAAGAGUAGCUUGGAACACGCACUGACGCAGCCAAACAGGUAGCAAUGGAGCGGUUUGUGCCGAACACGGAGAAGGCGAGGGAGGACCGGGAGGAGGCGCCCAAGGUGCCGUCGAGCGACCCGGACCUGCGCGAUCUGGUGGCCGGCGCGCAGCCGCAGCUGCAGCGGGAGCACCAGCCGCCCAACAUCUCCGAGAUGAAGCCGCUCACGCGGGAGGCCUACGGCGGCGGGAUGUACGCGGGCGAGGACCGGCGGAGGGACCCCGCCAGGCCGCGCGCCAGCGUCACGCAGAGCGCCGACGGGCCCGAGGAGGCGAGGGCGGCCGACGCCAAGCCUAGCCACCCGCCGCCGCCGUCCACCGGCGACCGCGACCUCGACAUCACCGGCCAGUCCUACAUCCAGUAGUAGUAGUAGCACUGUGUUACUGUUGUUCCGUGCGCGCUUGUCGUGUACGUUUUGCUGCCGUCUCACAGCUUCUACGCGUGUCAAGCAACCUGUACAUACGUCGCCUUUUUUUGUUUGCAAACGAAUAAAAUGCGGGCUGGGCUC